AUGCCAAUGCCAGAUAUGUCUAACGCCAUUGUCGCCCAGGACGAACUAGGACGCCCUUUCAUCAUUGUGAGAGACCAGUCAAGCAAGACAAAGUCCUCUGGUUUGGAGGCCUUGAGGUCACACAUUCAAGCUGCCCGCCAGGUCUCAGACAUCCUCAGAACAUCUCUUGGCCCUCGUGGCUUGGACAAAAUUUUGGUUUCUCCAGAUGGCGAUAUCAACAUCACCAACGAUGGUGCCACCAUCUUAACGGAAAUGCAGAUUGACAACCAGAUUGCCAAGUUGUUGGUGGAGUUAUCGAAGUCCCAGGAUGAUGAAAUUGGUGAUGGUACCACAGGUGUCGUCAUCUUGGCAGGUGCACUUCUCGAACAAGCUUUGAAGUUGAUCGAGAUGGGUAUACAUCCUAUCAAGGUGGCCAACGGAUACGAGAAAGCUUCCAAAAUUAUUUCUGCUCAUUUAGAUGAAAUAGCAGAUGAGAUAUUCAUUGACAAGGAGGAUUUGGACUCCAAUCUUUUAGCGUCCAGUGAUUUAUUCAAGGCUGCCAAGACUUCUCUUGGCUCGAAAAUCGUCAACAAGUACCACAACCAAUUUGCAAAAAUGGCCGUUGAAUCGGUCUUGAAGGUUGCCGAUUUGGAUAGAGAUGAUGUCGACUUUGAGUUGAUCAAGUUGCAAGGUAAGUUGGGAGGUUCAAUUUCUGAUUCUAAAACUAUAAACGGUGUCUGCAUAGAUAAAGAUUUCUCGCAUCCACAGAUGCCCAAGUUCAUAAAUAAUGCCAAGAUAGCGAUCUUAUCAUGUCCAUUCGAACCACCUAAGCCAAAAACCAAGCAUAAGUUGGAAAUAUCUAACGUGGAAGAAUUCAAGAGCUUACAAAAAUAUGAAUCUGACAAGUUUGUCCAGAUGAUUGAUUCAAUCAAAAAGUCAGGUGCUAAUUUGGUCAUCUGUCAAUGGGGGUUUGAUGAUGAGGCAAACUCUUUACUUCUAGCUAAUAAUUUGCCAGCUGUUAGAUGGGUUGGUGGAAGCGAUAUCGAGUCCAUUGCUAUUGCCACAAAGGGAAGCAUUGUUUCCAGAUUUGAGGACUUAUCGUCUGAGAAAUUGGGACAUGCAGACAAAGUUUACGAAGUGGAGUUUGGUACCACUAGAGACAAGAUGAUUGUUGUUGAGAACGAAAAGAGUUCGACCGCUGCAAUCGGUAAGACUCAAGUGAAUACCGUUACAGAUUUGAUCAGAGGUUCCAACAAAAUGAUUGUGGAUGAAUCCAUCAGGUCACUUCAUGAUUCCCUUUGUGUUGUCAGAAACUUGAUUAAGAAUAACAAGAUUGUUUAUGGGGGUGGUGCAGUAGAGACAUCAUGCUCCUUGAAGAUCAUGGAAGAAGCUGAUAAACAAAAAGGUAUCGAUCAAUAUGCAUUCCGUGCUUUCUCACAGGCUUUGGAUGUCAUUCCGAUGUCGUUAGCUGAAAAUUCAGGCUACAAUCCUAUUGAAGAGUUGACCAAGCUUAAGGCAGCCCAAGUUUCCACCAAUAGCCCUCACUUGGGUAUCGACUGUUUAGGUAGCAACAAUAACGACAUGAAAGAAAUGUUUGUCAUUGAAACAUUUAUCGGUAAAAAGCAACAACUCUUGUUGGCUACGCAGCUCACAAGAAUGAUUCUCAAGAUCAACAACGUGAUUGUUUCAGGAAAAGAUCAAUAUUAA